UGCCCUUCUCUCCUCUUUCCUAGGCCAUCCGAAUACGCCUCUACAGAUCACCUUGCUGUGCCUGUCGCUGGGCUACUUCUUCUUUGACUUCGGCUGGUGCGUCUAUUACAAUAGUGAGGAUGAACUGAUGAUCUAUCACCACAUUCUGUGCAUCAGCGGCAUGGGUGGCGUGCUGGUCAUGGGUGUCUCGGGCAGCGAGAUCAACGCUCUCAUCUUUGUGGCCGAGAUCACCAACCCGCUGCUCCAGAUCCGCUGGUUCCUCCGGGACAUGGGCCACUACGAGGGCAUGGCUGGAGAAGUGGUGGACACCCUCUUUGUGCUCCUCUUCCUGGGGCUGCGCAUCGGCGGCGGCGUCUGGAUUGUGCUUGCGGUCCUGACUUCCGCCAAGCCAAACUGGGAGGUCAAGGCCGGCGUUCUACUCAUGUACUUUGUGUCUAUUGUAUUCGCAUGGGACAUCGUCAAGUUUGUCAAGAGGAAAAUGAUGAAGAAAUACGAAGCCUGCAGGAAGGAAAGGACUGAGCGGGAGCGUUCCAAGAGUAACGGGCAUGUGCUGGGACACCAAACCAACCAUGAUACCCAACCGACCAAUGGAGUCCUCUGAGAUUCUUCCAGAGAAGAGGCAUCAUUGGGACUUGGCCACUUGGUUUGGCCAAGGGGUGGGAAUUCCUCUUGAGGAAAACCUACCAAAGGGCCUACCAGAACAUAUGAAUGCAAGAAGGAGAUUUCAGGGGGAAACCAAGCUGUCCAUAAACCCAACAGAAGAAGGGUUGGACAUGGCAGAUCAUGUUGAGCAGGUCCAUUCAGUAUGUUUGGAGGCAAGGAUUCACUCUAGGAACCAAGCAAGGACCAGAUGAAGGUGUGGCCCAGACCAGAAAGUCAUUUCAGGUGAUUCCUGUAGCAGAGAAAAACUUCUUCUCUGUUUGCUCGAUGAGGAAAUACAGUUCCUUGUAUUUAUGCCAGACCAGUCCUGAGGUCUAGAAUCAGCCAUCCACAAAUGUUAGGUCACUGCUUCUUAUACUGUGGGCCCUGCUCCUAAAUGGGACCCCCUAAGCUUAAGGUUGGGGGUCACGAAACAUUUGGCAAUAGUAAAAAAUUUCUGAACACCACCUAGAUAUUUGCACGAAUCUCUUAGCAACAAUAUGCAGUGUUUACAGUGAACUCUGCAGAAAAUGCUUCAGCUGUACUUCAUAAAAAGGGAAAUCAGCCUGUUUAGCAAGCCUUACAAAUGCUGAUUUGUUAUCAAUAAAUGUUUGAUUUUAUACCUAUUUUAUAUACCGUAUAUACUCGAGUUGGGGCCCCUGGUGGUACAGUGUGUUAAAGCGCUGAGCUGCUGAACUUGCGGACCAAAAGAUCCCAGGUUCAAAUCCGGGGAGCGGAAUGGGCGUCCGUUGUUAGCCCCAGCUCCUGCCAACCUAGCAGUUCGAAAACAUGCAAAUGUGAGUAGAUCAAUGGGUACCGCUCCGGCGGGAAGGUAACAGCGCUCCAUGUAGUCAUGCCUAUGGCCACAUGACCUUGGAGGUGUCUACGGACAACGCCGGCUCUUCGGCUUAGAAAUGGAGAUGAGCACCAAUGCCCAGAGUCGGUCACGACUGGACUUAACGUCAGGGGAAACCUUUACCUUUUUUACCUAUAUACUCGAGUACAAGCCGACCCGAAUAUAAGCCGAGGCACCUAAUUUUACCACAAAAACUGGGAAAACUUAUUGACUCGAGUAUAAGAUGAGGGUGGGAAAUGCAGCAGCUACGGAUCAAAUUUAAAAAUAAAAGUAGAUAUUAAUAAAAUUGCAUUAUUUGAGGCAUCAGUAGGUUAAAUGUUUUUGAAUAUUUAUAUAAAACUGUAAUUUAAGAUAAUAAUAAGACUUUAUUAAGAUAAGACUGUCCAACUCUGAAUACCUAUAUACUCAAGAAUAAGCCGACCUGAAUAGAAGCCGGCCAGGACCCUCACUCGAGUAUAAGCCGAGGGGAGCUUUUUCAGCCCUAAAAAAGGGCUGAAAAACUAGGCUUAUACUCGAGUAUAUACAGUACGUUGCUUAAGUCUCAUUGACUGAUCAUCUGCGCAGGGUUCCAUACUUCUCACUUUAACAACACAACCGUUCAAUGCUAAGGCUUCCUGCCAAAUGGAACUGCAGAGGAGAGUCUACUGAAUAAGCCAGUACCUCUUGAGGAGUUACGAAGGUGGAGGCAUUAUUUUUCAUUCAACCCUCAUAUAUUGGUCUGGAUGUAUCUUGGCAGUAUUUUGAGGGCAUUUGGGGAAAAUUGUUCACCUGGAAAAAAAAUGGAGAGUGGCUGAAAUUGCUUGGGGCCUCAUGUGGUGCAUGGGACCUUCUUUCCUCAACUUUGCAAAACAGACAGGGCAGGUUUAUGCAUAUGAUGCACAUCCAAGUAAAGCAGGUGUGGGCACAACUAAGGGACCCACAAGGAGUUGAAAAGGUCGAAGGCUCAGCUGUUCCUCGGUGCAGGGAGUUCAAAGAGGCAGGCUAGAUCGGGAGGAAGUUGACUCAGAGAAUACUUUCCAAGUGCAUCACGAUGACUCCAUAUCUUCCUUUACCUUUUGGAAUGGAAAAGCCAGGAUCUUCUGACUAUGUCUUCUGACACUUGUACCCAUCAUGUUGUGUCAUGUUAUCAAUCUUUUCCAUAUGGAGAGAGGGAAAUAAUGACAGGCUCCUUUCUGCUUAUGACGCUGACUACGUACCUGUGUUUAUACUUUCUCGGCAUGUGAGUCCUGAUUUAGCAUGCAGGCCUCCUGCCAUCUCCCAAUCCUCUGGCUUAAAAAUCUCUAAAGAGGAAAGGUUAAAAGUUUAAGCUAAGAGCAUUAUACAUGCUCUCUACCUGUUAAACCACACCUGCCUCCAGAGCCUGACCAAAAAGAAGGGAGAAUUAGUCAAAAACUUAAUUCCAGAUUGACAUUACUUUUAAGCCUGCCACCUUUCGUGCGACUAAAGUGUGACUAUGUCUUUGCAACCCAAAUACGUCUUACAUCCCACACAAUUGUAUAGCCUGUGGGAAAGAAACUAAGCUGGGAACUUCCUCAUCAAGUUCCUAGUUUCACUUAUAUCUUUGGACGUUACCUGGACAUUGCAACACAAUACAGUAGAGUCUCACUUAUCCAAACCUCGCUUAUCCAAGUUUCUGGAUUAUCCAAGCCAUUUUUGUAGUCAAUGUUUUCAAUAUAUCAUGAUAUUUUGGUGCUAAAUUCAUAAAUACAGUAAUUACAACAUAACAUUACUGCAUAUUGAACUGCUUUUUCUGUCAAAUUUGUUGUAAAGCAUGAUGUUUUGGUGCUUAAUUUGUAAAAUCAUAACCUAAUUUGAUGUUUAAUAGGCUUUUCCUUAAUCCUUCCUUAUUAUCCAAGAUAUUCGCUUAUCCAAGCUUCUGCCGACUCGUUUAGUUUGGAUAAGUGAGACUCUAUUGUAGUUCUAUUCAGGUGGGGGAGAUCGCCUUUCCUCGCCCUUGGGGAAGAACCAAUUUCACCACCCUGUGCCUUUGAUGAACGGGACCACUCGCAUCAGAAGGAAAUCAGCAUUUCUACAGCCAAUACCCACCCCCUGUCAUUUUUGCAUGAUUGUAUUAAUAUAUGAUAUUUUGUUUCUUUGGGGUCUGGAAUCGCCAGUCCAGCCCUAUUAAUGGGCCAUGCCAUGUUCAUCUCAUAAGACAAUAGCCUUCCUGGGUAAGGCUAAAAAAUGCCCUCAAUCACGUUGUUAUUUUUCCUGUUCAGUAAAAGGAACCCCAUUCACCGACACUUAAUCAUCCCUUGUUCUCAGCCCACUCUGGCCAGUGAGCCAAGCCCCUCUCUGUGACUGGUCAGAAUUAACGGCUUGGUUGCAGCCUAUGCCAGUUUGUGUCUACAAAGGAGUGUGAAACUGUAUUCUGUAUGCUAUCUACUUUGUGAAUGAAUCACUAGCUUGCAUCUUAUCUGCAGAUAAUAAAA